UUUCUCUUCAUUUGACUAAUCACGACGCACUCUUAACUUGAUCAGUUGGUGCAUGAUGCUCGGCCGCUGUCACAUGGAGCGAUGCCUUCGUUUUCCAAGAGCAACGGCUGCUACUACGACUCCACUUAAUAGCAUAUAUAGGCAGUAUGCUCGAUUUACGAAUAACCGCCUCCCAAAGUUUUCGACCGUACUUUUAGCUCAAGAACAACGGCUGAGCGAUCAAAGGUCAUUAAAGUCAUUAACUCCUGUUUAUACAUGUACACAACUUCGUUAUUUGCGACACAUGACAGCACCCGAGCUACGUAAAGAAUUCACAGAGUUUUUUGUCAAGGAAUAUGGCCAUGUCCCUGUAAAGAGCUCUAGUUUGAUUCCGCACAAUGACAAAUCAUUGAUGUUUACGAAUGCGGGUAUGGUCCAAUUCAAAGAUUAUUUUAGGAACCCGGGAAUGGCGCCCUUCAAACAAGCGACCAGUAUUCAAAAGUGUAUGCGAGCUGGAGGAAAACACAACGAUUUAGACAAUGUUGGAUAUACCCCACGCCACCAUACCUUCUUUGAGAUGCUCGGUAAUUUUUCAUUUGGGGAGUAUUCUAAGAGUAGAGCAAUUCAGAUGGCAUGGCGAUUUUUGACCGAGAUAGUCGAGCUUCCCAAGGAUCGUCUCCGUGUAACAGUCUUGGCAUCAGACCAAGAGUCUUUCGACAUUUGGAAGAACCAGGAGGGUAUACCCGAAGAAAAGAUUAUCAGAUGUGACACUAAGGAUAACUUCUGGACUAUGGGUGAAGGCGCAGGACCAUGCGGACCAUGUACAGAAAUCUUCUGGGAUACAUUGAAUGAUGAUUUAGAAGAAGAUCGAUGGGUUGAAAUUUGGAACUUGGUUUUUAUGCAACAUUACAGGAAUGCUCAGGGCCAACUCGAGAAUCUGCCGAUUGUAUGUGUUGACACUGGGAUGGGCCUUGAACGACUGGCUUCGGUUGUUCAAAGCAAAGGGAAUAAUUUUGAAACGGAUGUAUUCAGUUCAAUUUUCGAUGGCCUGCACAGGCUCAUGGCAGACGUAGGGAUCGAGUCUUCACGGGAUAUCAACGCCACGCCUCACAAGAAAAUUAUAGUUGAUCAUUUGCGCGCCAUGAGCUUUCUUAUCGCUGAUGGUGUUAUUCCAAGCAACGUUGGCCGUGGAUAUGUACUCAGGAGAAUUAUCCGUCGUGCACUUCGCUCUGGAAAUCAGCUAGGAUUCACAAAGCCAUUUAUGACAAGGUUAUAUCCGUACCUUUUGGAGUCAUUUGGAGAAGACAUAUAUCCAGAAAUGGCAUCAAGACAAGACUCUAUUAAAAGUGUCAUCCAUCAAGAAGAAGAAAUUUUUAUGGGAACGCUGUCUAAGGGUUUAGCUCUUCUCGAGCCCGUAUUCAAGCAAAAGAAUCUUAUGGAAUCUAAGCAAGUUCCUACUGAGAUUGCGUUCAAGUUGUAUGAUAGCUUUGGUUUCCCAUUAGAUAUUACAGUAUUGAUUGCACAAGAACGUGGAUGGACAGUGGACCUUGCUGCGGUCGAGAAGCUCAUGCAGAAGCAACAAGAGCAGGGAAGGGCCUCCUGGAAGACAGCAUCUAGUGCGAUGCAUACCAAAGUCAAAAAAUGGAAAGAUCAAGGAAUAUUCCCAACAUUUUCAGGCUAUCAACGAGAUAUGCUGACUGGCCAACUCUCAACCAUUAUGGCUGCCCAGAACACAGAAGACGGAACAGGAGACGUGAUCCUGGCGAUCGAGCCCUGUCCAUUUUAUGGGCUUGGAGGAGGGCAGAGUCCUGAUACUGGCUCUAUCAAAUUGGCAAACGGCAGUGAAUGGCGUGUAGUCGAUGUAUUUUCACCAUAUGAGCGUGGUCUUGCUAUUCGUGUUCAGUCCAUCUCAGAAGACUCAUUAACAGAAGAAGAUCUCUUGUGUAUGCAUCAAGGCUUUCAAAUUACAACGUUCGUGGACACGAAGAGAAGAGAAGGUGUCGCUGCUCAUCACAGCGCUACACAUUUGUUGAAUGCAGCCUUGAGGAAGACACUCGGAAAGCCCAUCAUGCAAGCAGGAUCUUUGGUCGAACCAGAAAGACUUCGAUUUGAUUUUACGCACGGAAAAGCCGUGGAUCAAAAUCAACUAUGCGAAAUUGAGGACUGGAUCAAUGCAACAGCACUACAAAGUCUGCAACCAGUUAUCAAAGAGUAUCCACUUCAACAAGCAAUAGACAUGGGAUCAAUUGCUGUAUUCUCAGAAAAGUAUGAUGAAGUUGUUCGUGUCGUCAACUUCCCCAAGGUCUCCAUGGAACUGUGUGGAGGAACACAUGUUGAAGAUCUUUCCAAGAUCUAUCCCUUCAAGAUUCUCUCCGAAGGGUCCGUCGCUGCUGGCACACGACGAAUUGAAGCUGCUGUUGGCAAGGCUGCAACCCGAUAUUUCAUUGAGCAAGAUCGUAUGGUUUCACGUCUGAAUCAUGACCUGAAAUCAUAUGCGACGAGCGCUGGCAAUGAAUUGGACCUCAAGGUGAACAAGUUGAAGAAUCAAGCUGCUGAUCUCUCACAACAAUACGGCCGGUUACUCGACAAAUUUGUCAAGGCCCCAGUAUCAAUCCCUGUCAAAGGGGGCUCUCUCGAUUUUUUGAGCACCGUUACUGUUCCCGUGCAGAUUCAUGAACUGGAGCCAGACAUCCAAGAUCAAGAUUAUUACUCCAAGAAGGCAAACCACGUAAAAGAACAAGACCCUCGCUCGGUGCAUGUUUUGGUUUGGAAAGAAAACCUGAUUGUGACAUUAGAUCAGAAACAGUUCCCCAAGCUCCAUGCUGGCAAAGUCAUGAAGAGCAUUUUGGAUCAGAUUGGAGGCGGUAAAGGAGGAGGACAGCCUCAGCUUGCCCGGGGAAGGAUGGUGAGUGAUGAUGCGGUUGGAAAGUUGGUGCAGCUUGCACAAAGCAAGUAGAUUGGUAUUCU